CCCUAUAAAUAAACACUGGCAUCAAACCUAAAAAGCAUCCCAAAUUCAAAAGAAAACUCUACUUUGAAGAAGAGCAAAAACAUAGAGGAGAUUAAGGAGAAUGGGCACAGGAAAGAAGAAAAUAGAGAUCGAGAAAAUUACAAAGAAAAGUUAUAGAAUGGUGACAUUCUCCAAAAGAAGGAAAGGACUUUUCAAGAAAAAUGAAGAACUUGAAUCCUUGACGGGUUCUCAAGUUUCCUCUGUUGUUCUUUCACCCGCUGGAAGGAUUUAUACUUACGGAGACGUUAACACUGCUAUCAACAUGCAUUUUUCCAAAAUUUAUUGCAUGAGACAAUCAGAUUCUGAUGUUGUUGUUUCUAGUGGAUCCUCAGAGUUGAGAUCAUCAUCGACUUCGAGAAGGAAAAGUCUACGAGAUUGGGUGGAGGAUAUAGAUGUUGAACAGUGUCAAAAUUUGAAUCAACUUUUAUUGUUGAAGGAGCAAUUGGAAGGAACUAAAAAAAAGAUUGUUUCCAUUGAAGAUUCUAAGUCCUUUCAAGCUUUGUUUAUGUAGCUUAAUGUAGGAGCACAUUUUUAAAAAAUCCAAUUAUACUAUUGUUAAUGCAGUUCAGUAUGUAUCAACAAAUAAACUAUUAGAAGUUUCCUCCUUUGUAUGUUUUUAUCAUUUAGAUUUACCAUAUGAAUGAUCAUCAAGUGAAUUUCUUAAAUAAA